GACCACCUUGCCACCAUACAGGUGUGUUAGCGGGUAAGACAGACCAGGGAGCUGCCAUGGAGUCUGUCUCUAGUGAUGAGGAGGUUGGAGAAAAUGCCAAGCUGCAGAGUUUGUCUUCAUCUGACCAGCUGUUGGCUAUCGGACAGGGCAUGGCAGCAACUCUGAGCCAGGCCACGGACGGGCCUACUCUUCAGCAGGAAGGGAAUGGAGAAGGUUGUGAGGAAGAAGGAAAGGCAGGAAAAGGACCAGCAGCUGAGAAGGCAAAGCCACGUGGGGGGUCCAGGAAGAGAAGGGACUUUGACAUCCCUCCACCGCCCUCCAGGAUGGGAACUCGGGGCAAGAAGAUUUCCUUCAAGGAUCUAGCCUCCCCGGUAAGAGAUGACUCCCCCCCUCCCAGGAAGAGAAGGAUGAAGAGUAUCUACAUCCAGACGGACGGGGCAGAGGGGGGUGAGGGUGGUGAGGACGAGGACUACACCCCGGGGGGGUCCCCCUCCCCCACCCCCUCCAGGAGAAGGAGACGGAGACCCAGACGUACAGACCCUGCUGACAGAAAACUGGAGUGUGACAAGUGUGGCAAAAAGUACAGCACAGUCCAGAGUCUACACAGCCACAGAAGUCUGCACCACGGUAAGCGUACCUACUCCUGUGAACAGUGUGGACAGAGCUUCAAGAUGAUCAGGCUGCUGAAGCGCCACCAGGUGGAACACACAGGCCACAAGCCGUUUAAGUGUGGCCAGUGUGAGAGACAGUUUAUGGACAAAGGUGACAUGAAGCGGCACGAGAGGACAGUCCACUCACCUGCCAGUCAUGUCUGUGAGAUCUGUGACAAGAGGUUCAAAACUCUGGAGUGCUUCCAGAAGCACAAGGACAAACACCUCAAGGCCAAGAAGAGCACCCAGUGUGACUUCUGCGGUGAGAUGUUCCAGACCAACAGGAAGAUGGAGGUGCAUCGCAGAAAACACACCAACGACAGACCCUUCCAGUGUGAGCUGUGUGGGAAAGGCUUUUAUACAUUAAAGGACUUGAAGGUGCACAAGAGAAUCCAUACAGGAGAGAGGCCCUACAAAUGUACGUACUGUGACGCUGCCUUCACCCAGUGGUCAUCCUGGAGCGGUCAUCAGAAGACUCACACCAAAGAGAAGCCCUUCCUGUGCUGCACCUGUGGGAAAGGCUUUGCUGAGAGGGAGUACCUCAAGAGGCACGAGAGAACACAUACUGGUGAGCGACCUUUCACCUGUGAGGUGUGUGGGUCAGGGUUCAUGGACAGGAACGGGCUGCGCAGGCACAAGCGUAUCCACAGCGACGAUCGGCCGUACCGCUGUCCGCAUUGCAACGCUGGUUUUAAGCAGUGUUCCAACAUGAAGGCUCACGUCAAGACUCACUUCAAGACCGCCAACCUGGUGAACGUCAAACCUGUGGAGACCAUCGACAUCAAUGCGCUGAACAUCCCCAUCACCGUCCAGCCGCAGGACGCACAGUUCAGACAGCAGAUCAGCCAGAUCCAGCUGCAGGAGCAGAUCAUACCGGUCAGCAACGUCCAGGUCAACGCCGUGCCGGUCAGCGGGGGUGACCAGGCCGUCACCACCAUGCCGAUGACCGUCAACGUUCCAGUGAGUGAGGUAACCCAGGUGGCAGUGUCCCUACCCCAGGGGGUACAGCUCCCCGGACACGUCACACCGGCCCAGAACAGGAUAGAGACAUCAGAGGCCACAGAGUUCAUCACACACCUCUUACUGGUCUGAACACCCUGGUCUGGACUAGGCCAUACUGAUUUGAUUACAGUCAAACCUGCAGUUUUAGUGACCACCUCCACAGAAAGACCACCUGGCCAUGUCACCACUUUUUGUCAGUCCCUUGGAUAAUUUUUCCCAAUCAUUGCCACAAACAUUAGGAGUCCUGUCUAUAGUGACCACUUGUACACAUAGACCAGAUUUUAUCGGUCACCUGAUUGGUCUUCUUGCGUAGUUUUGACUGUAUGGAUGUUAUCCUCUGGGCACCCUAAUCUUAAAACUGAUGCAUGUGUUGAAAAGGAAAAAAAUGUUGCCUUUAUUAUGAAAUCUAAUGGUAUACAGGUAUACCAAACAAUAAAUUCUCAAUUUUUGUUCUUUCACAUCAUAUUUGUGGUAAUUCCAGCUCUGCUUCCUUCUUCUUUGCCUUUCAACAUCUAUCAUCCUUCCAAGUACCUAAAGAAACAGUAUGGUUGCAAACAUUUUUUGGAAAUGGACAAAAAUUGACGCACAUGCAGCCCUCGAAAUUAACUUUUCUUACUAUUGUCCCAGCACUGUCCCUAUGUUAAUUUCAACUGUCCCGAAGUGAGGAUGACCUUUCCCAACCUGUUUUUCGGAAGACUUUUCUGGAGCCAAAAGUCAGGAUGUGUGCCUGGUGAACAAAAGAAGGGCUGACAUUAUUGUACCCAAAAUGU